AUGUACGGAGGAGAUGAGGUGUCGGCCAUCGUGGUGGACCUGGGGUCGUCCACCGUGAAGGCGGGCUACGCCGGCGAGGACACCCCCAAGGCGGUCUUCCCGUCCACCGUGGGGUGGCUCGCCAAGGACCAGGAGUCCGCCGGGAAGAAGGACGGCGGGGACGUGGAGAUGAAGGAUGCGGGCGACGGCAAGACGUACUUCGUCAACGACAUGUCCUACCGCCGCGAUCACAUGGAACUCGCGUCGCCGUUCAACGACGAGGGGCUCCUCGAGGACUGGGACGUGGUGGAGGCCAUCUGGGCGCACACCCUGCGCAAGCGCCUCGUCGUCGAGCCCAAUGAGCACCCCAUCCUCAUGGGCGAACCCGUGCACACCACCCGCGAGGGCCGCGAGAAGAUGGUCGAGCUCCUCUUCGAGAAGCACAACCCGCCCGCGGUGUUCCUCGCCAAGAACCCGGUGCUCACGUCCUUCGCGUCCGGCCGCGCGACGUCCAUGGUCAUCGACUGCGGCGGAUCCGGCACCACCGUCGCGGCUGUGCACGACGGCUACGCGCUGCAAAAGGCUGUGACCCGAUCGCCCCUCGGCGGCGACGCCAUCACCGACGUCAUCCUCAAGCACCUCGAGAAGAAGAAGAAGACGCCGGUCAAGCCGAGGUACGAGUUCAAGCGCACCGCGAGGGCGGACGGGGAGACCUUCGACGUGACCGACGUCAAGUGCCCGGACGUCGCCGCGUCCUACAGGCUGUUCAAGCAGCGCGAGAUUGCGGCGGAUCUCAAGGAGACGGUGUGCAGGCUGAGCGACACCGCGUACAGCGAAGCGGAGAACCAGAACAUGCCCUCGAUGCAGUACGAGCUUCCCGACGGUAACGUCAUCGACGUGGGCGUCGAGCGGUACAAGAUCCCCGAGCUCCUCUUCCAGCCCGACCUGAUCAACGGCUUCGGCCUCGGCGCCGACGCGCCCGCCGGCGUCAAGGACGCCAAGGGCCUGUCGCAGCUGGUGCUGGACAACAUCAACAGGUGCGACGUGGACGUUCGCAAGGAUCUGUUCGGCGGGAUGCUCCUCGCGGGAGGGGGCUCGCUGUUCCCGCAGCUGAGGGAGCGGCUGGAGGCGGAGCUGCACGACGCGGCGCCCACCAACGUGAGGGUGAAGGUGACGGCGUCGCAAAACGCGGUGGAGCGCAAGUUUGCCACCUGGAUCGGCGGGUCCAUCCUCGCGUCGCUCGGCUCGUUCCAGCAGAUGUGGAUGAGCAAGCAGGAGUACGAGGAGCACGGCGCGAACUUGGUGCACCGCAAGUGCCCGUGAUGAUCACCGGGCGGGGGUUGGGAUAGUCUGUAAUGUGAUGAUGGAUAGACGACACUCG